ACGUUUUGUGCAGUGGUAGUUUUCGAAGCUUGCUUUAUUUUCGAAUUGCCGUCAUAUGAUUUCAUGAAGAAUAUUAUGUUUCUUAGUGUGUCUGAAUGUGCUUAUAAGUAACGAGGAUUAAAAACAGUUACAUGAUUGUCAUAUUCAACAGGAGAUAAACAUUUGUCUAUAACGAAUUUUUGAUCACAAGAAAUGUGCAACAAACGUUUAUUUUCGCUUUGGGAACUUUUAACAUAAUAGGAUGCCGCCAAGAAAAACAGGUAGAUCACCAAAAAAACCUGUAGUGAAAAAGCCCCGCAGUCGUGUAAAGAAAGUAAAGCCUGUUUUAAAAACGCCGUCUGUUGUCAAACUAAAAAUUAAGUUACCAAGUGAUCCUACAAAUGUUCAGAAUAGUACAAAUGAUGUUAUAGCUAAUAAAGAUGUUGUUAAAGAAGUUAAGAAACCUGUCACCAACAAGAAACCAGUAGUGAAAAGGCAACGCGUAAUAAAGAAAACUGUGAAUGGAGAAUCAGCUGCAACCAAGGGUGCAGCAGUAAAAAAAAGGGGUGGAGCUAAAGUUCCUGUUAGAAAUGAUAACUCUGUAAAGCCAAAAGGUGAUAUCAAAGAAGAAGAAACCAAAUAUAAUAUACCAGAAUUAAAUAAAAAUUACUUAAAAAUUUUUUUGGCAAAUGAAGUUGUCAAUUCUCAGUUCGCUAAAAAGGCUAAACAUAUAGACAAACAACCAGUUGAGCAUGUUUUAAAAGAAGAUAAGGCAAAUGUAAAACCAGUUUCUAAUGGCAAAGCAGUGUUAAAAAAGCAAGUCACAUCUCGGAAAACACCAGCAAUAAAGGUGCCAGUAGUUACCAGGACAUAUGGUUGUUCUAAGAAAAAACCUCCGACAUUACCUACAUUAAGUGAAACUGACUGUAACACUAAUGUAACAACAAAACAAGAAUCAAAAGAAGAUAACGUGGCGAGUACUAAAAAAAAGGCGGAAACACCUAAUAAACGAAAACGUAAUAUAUCAGCCAGUGGUAAAGUUGCAAAGGCUGGACCUAAGUCACGAAAAAAAAAUUGUGGCGUUCUAAAAAAAAAAGAAACAAAUAAUACUGUUGAAACAGACUCAAAAGAUCAAAUAAUGAACUCAAAUAAAUAUUUAAAAACUAGAAGGGCAUCUGCGGCAAGAUCGAAUAAGUCAUGGACAAGAGAUAUAUCUAGCUCUAGCGACUCUUCGCUUGUCACAGUACUUUCAAAAGAUUUUUAUUUUUUUGAUAAAAUACCUAUAUUACAAUUGAACAACAUUGACAAUGAAUUAUUACUAAGAAAUAAUAAAAAAGGUGUUGCUGAUAAAUCUAUUGAGGAUAAAAGUUCAAAGAAGGUGGUAGACGAUCGUAGAGGGAGUAAAGUAGUGGGAGGAACUGCAAAUGAAACUAACAAACAAUGUGCAUUUUUAGAUAUUAAAAGCAGUUUGUCGAACACUUCUAGUUCAUGUUCAGAUGUAACAAAAUAUGAUUUCCCGCGUCAUAGUUCAACAGAAAAUUGUGAUGAUAUUGGUAUUGAAAAUCUGCCUACAUGUUCUUCUUUAGGUCUCAGCAGUUCGUCCACUAGUAGCUCUAGUUCUUCCAGUAGUUCAAGUUCAAAUAGUUCUUCAUCAGUGGCCAGUGGUAGUACGGUAAUGCAGAAAACUUUAGACAAUGGAUUGAGUUCAGAUAAAUUGGUUGACAAUACCUAUGAACAGCACUCCGCGAGGAAUACUGAUAGAACAUUGAAUAAGAAAAACAUUAUACAAAAUCUGAAUUUGAAUAUAAACAAGUUUGAUAUUAGCAAAAUAAAAUUGACCCAAAAUAAAAAUGUAGAGUCAAAUAAUACGAAUAUGAAAAACAUACAAGCAAAGAUAUUCAGAGACGACGUUUUAAAAGAUGAAAAUGAUUUGUGUUGCCUUUGUCAAGCCAUUAUGCAAUUAGAAAUUGAUGAUGUUGACAAGUAUUUCAAUCACAAUGAAUGUCUAGAAUCAACUCGCAUUUCUCGUCCUGUAUCACCGAAAACUUUAAAUUCUCAAGAUGGCCGUAUAAUAAACGAACGCAAAGGAAUAAACAUGCCGGAGGAGUGUUAUCAUGAAAAUGGUUUGGUUUCUACUUCUUCGGGAGUACAACAGUGUAUUCCCGAAGAAGUAGAAACCAACGAAACAGUAGAGAAAAUUAAUGAAAAUAAUUUGGCUUACAGCAAGCCUAACUAUUCUAGCUUUGUUGAUAACGAUGAUGAAGAUACAUUAUCUCUUUUUGCGGAAAGUUUAACGGAAAUAGAAUCAUGUCGAAAAAAUAGUGCAUUUCGUUCCAAAGUGUCUGAGAUUGAAGAAUAUGUUCCACUACCAAUACUGCCACCUACAAACUCACUUAUAAUGUAUCAGCCUACAAAAAUAUCUAAUAAAAGUAUAGAACUUGAAACGCCAAACAAUACAAGUAAAUUUGAAAAAAAGAAGGCAGUUUAUUCACCUUUAUCUGAUAACAAUCUGGAUUUACGUGAAAACACAUUGAUCUAUGAAGAUAAAACGGGGAAUUUUUCACAAAAUACUUUAGGUUUAUCACAUAACGCUCCUAAAAACACUCUAGGAUCAAACAUACCGCGCCUGAUGGCUUUAAUUCACAAACCUACGCAUGGCCGCAAGAGUUUGGUUUUUAAGGGAUGCUGUUACUUUAAUCUUAAAACCACUUGUCAAAAACCUAAAUGUCCAUUCCCUCAUAUAUACCUUAAUGUUAGCGAUGUUAAAAAUUCACUGAAAGCACUAAGUGAAGAGUCUUUCAUCCAAGAGUACAUCCUCAUGAGAGCUUCUCCAAAACUCAGACGCAGGUACGGGGUAUGUUUCGUUGAAGAGUGCAUGCGACGUGAACUUACCAGGAUCCUGGUAGAAAUGGCGAUAGACUUUAUCGUCAGAAUUAACGUAAAUUCCACGGAAGAUAGUGAUUUAAAAUCGGAGGUAGUCGAUAACGUUUUGAUGUAUUUAAACCACGUUGAUCUAUCCACUUGUGACGAUUUGCUGGGAUACAAUGUAAAAUAUGUUGACAAAGAGUUGCUUUGUGAUUUUUUUAUGAGUGUUAUUGCAACGUCUCAAAACUUUUCGCGAUUCAAAUCUGUUUUCAUUAAAUUAACGGAUUUUAUGUAUCAAAACGGACGAACCUUUAGUGUUGAAGUUGCCGAGUCUAUUCUCGAGCGUUUGUGUAUCUUGCCGUAUGACGAAGCAUUGGCUCGGUCUUUGAUCAAAAUUUUGAAAAACACCGAUGUCAGUUUAUUCUCUAAUACGAGGAUAAGAGAUUUGGAGAAACAGCUGCUAGCCUCCAAUUGUGAUCUAUACCACGAGUUCAAAUUGCUUAAAGAUCAAUAUUUAGUCAACAAACCAAGCAUUGGGAACCAUUAUGAAAAUAGGUACGAGUCAUUUGUGAAUACAGAAGUCAAUAGAUUAAACACCAAUUUAGGACAUAAUAAAGGCAAGAACAUAAGACCAGAUAUUACGGAUACGGGUACUGCGAACGGACGUACCAUCGAAACAAAAUUUACCAUGACCAUAGACUUAAACAAGCUAAAACAAUCAGGGUUUAGCGUAAACGCAAACACGAGUAGCGUGGAAUCCUUAGAGUAUGAUGUCCACAAUCCAUUCAUGAACGGACAGAGGCACCAUAUUGUGGGAUUUAGCAAUAACACUAACAGCAAAUGCAUGGAACAAGGUGUUAAUAUUUCGUCGAAUAAACGAACGGGACCCAGUAUAUUGGGAAUCGGUAAAAGCGCACACACAAUCAGUAUAGCACCCUUAAAUCAUGCUGUAAAUAAUCAGUCGACAAAACGGUUGAUACCCAGUAAUUUAGGAGGUUGCGAAACCGCAACCAGCAUUAGCAAGUCAAUGGAGCAUUGUGUAAAUAAUCAAUCAAUGAAAUGGGCGACACCCGGCGAGCCAAAAACUAACAAAGCCAUGCAUAACGGUGUAAAGAAGCCUUUUAAUAACUGGAAGAAUCGUAGUUUUGACAAUGUCGACAAGAGAACCUCCAUAGCACCUUUUCCUCAACGGGCGUCCUUUAAAAGGCAUUCUGAUUGGAGUUUCGAAGGAAGCGCGGCGAAAUUCAAACGGGGUCCGAAUAUGAACAUAAGGUUCGAGAACCAGAGAGAUUCGUUAUAGCUGAUUUUUUCAGGUUGAUGUUGGAUAAACUUAAGUUUCAGCUAGUUAAAAAAUGAAUAAAAGGUAAACAGAUUUGAAGAGUUUUGUAAAUAAAAUUAUCUUUGCUAAAGUAGUCGCCGCCUUAAUAAAAUAAUGUUAUAGUAUAGUAAUAUGUAUUUUUACCAAAAUGCGAAUUUCAAUAAUUUGCUAUAAUGCAAAACAACUAGUCCAAUCCGUACGUUGUUAUUUAUAGUUUAAUUAAUUAACCAGUCCCUUGUAGUCGUCCUAGGUUUGUCACAACAACUCUAUUCCUACCGUGACAAAAAGCUUAAAGUAUCGUUAUUCGUGACGUUCCAGAAUUAGAAUACUUAAUUUUAAGAGGUUAGUAUAUGUAAAAUAAACUCUAUGUAAAAAAAAUACUGUUUAAGCAAUGGUAGUUAGUCCCGUGAACUAAAUUGAUAAAUAAAUCUAAAAAGUGAUGUCAUUUCUUUCUAAGUAAGUUUCAUUUGUUUAUGGAUUUGCGAACACUGCACUGAGCACACACAAACUCUAUUUCAUAGUUGCCUCCUUUUUUUUUUUUUACUUCAAAACAGUAUUUAUAGUGUAAUAUAUUAGAAAUUUGAAUAAAUAUUUUUGUUUACCUUUUAUUCGUUUCCUAUUAGACCAGAGUUUACGAGAUCUGUUCAGUUAAUUGUAAGCCAUAUUGUGACCAUAACAUUUUUUUUAUUGUUUGAUGUCCUUUUAC